GGGGCCCCAGGGUAGCGUUCUGGAGGUGGCGGGGUCCCGCGCGCACCCUCUCGGGCCCUGCAGUCGGGCGUGCGGGAUCCCGGCCGCCAUGGGGCGGCUCGGGCUCCUUGUCCUAGCGGUGCUGGCGUCGGAGCUGGGCAUGGCUGGUGCCGCCGGGAACUCCAGCGAAGGUAUUCUUGAGUUUUCUGUGGGAAGAUUUAGCUACUUCGAGCUCAGCAGGCCCUUUCCAAAGGAAGCUAUUCUGCGUCAUAUUUCCAGCAAUGUGACUUUUCUUAUUUUCCAAAUACAUUCACAGUAUCAGAAUACAACCAUUUCUUUUUCUAAGACUCUCCUUCCCAACACUUCCAGCACAGGCACUGACAAAGGACUGGUUUUCAUUCUUAGACCAGAGCAGAGUAUGUGCACUUGGCAUUUGGAGACUCUCGAUGCUGAGCCUGUCCACAAUUUAGCCAUUGCACUGUCCUACUCAAAGAGAGAUCCUAUCCCCGGAGGCUGCAAUUUGGAGUUUGAUUUAGAUAUUGAUCCCAACAUUUACCUGGAAUAUAAUUUCUUUGAAACAACGAUUAAAUUUGCCCCAGCAAACCUAGGCUAUGCGAGAGGCGCAGAUCCUCCACUGUGUGACGUUGGGAUGGGCCCGGACUCUCGGUGGAGGCUACGGUAUGAUGUCUUCCAAUACUUUCUACCCGAGAAAGAUCUCACACAGAAGGGCUUGCUACAACAUCUGCAGAAGAUGGCCACAGUGCCUGAGGUGACUGCCAGUGGUGUCAAGGUGGCUACCCUAACAGCUAAUGACAAGACAAGUGUUUCCUUCUCUUCCCUGCGGGGCCAAGGUGUCAUUUAUAAUGUCAUAGUCUGGGACCCACUUCUCAAUACAUCUGCUGCUUACAUUCCUGCACACACAUAUGCCUGCAGUUUUGUGACAUCAGAGGGUAACUGUUCUUCCCUUGGAAGAGUAUCUACCAAAGUAUUGUUCACUCUUUUUGCCCUCCUUGGUCUGUUCAUCUGUUUCUUUGGACACAGAUUCUGGAAAACAGAAUUAUUUUUUAUGGGCUUUAUCAUCGUGGGAGUCUUCUUUUAUAUCCUGAUUACAAGACUGACCCCUAUUGAAUAUGAUGUUCGUCUGAUCCUGACGGCAGUGGCUGGCAGCAUUGGUGGGAUUUGCCUGGUGGCUGCCUGGUGGCGAUUUGGGAUCCUCCUGCCCUGCAUGCUAUGUGUGGGCCUAGUGCUGGGCUCCCUGACGUCCUCGGUGACCUUCUUCACUCCACUGGGAAACCUGAAGAUUUUUCAUGAUGACAGCGUCUUCUGGGUGACCUUCUCUUGUAUAGCUGUCCUCAUUCCUGUAGUUUUUAUGGGCUGCCUGAGAGUACUGAACAUACUGGCCUGUGGGCUCAUUGGUUCCCAUUCUGUGAUCUUGGCCUCUGACUGUUACGUGUACACCAGCUUUUCUUACAUCACUUUGAAUGUGCUCAGGAGAGCUCUCCAUGCAGAUUUCAGCAAAGCUUUCACAACUGUGCCUUUUCAAACCAAUGAUUGUAUUAUGCUGGCUGUGUGGGGGAUGCUGGCUGUGAGCGGGAUUACGUUACAGAUUCGCAGAGAACGGGGACAGCCUGAUUUUCCUCCCCACCCAUACAAGUUAUGGAAGCGAGAAAGGGAGCGCAGGGUGACCAACAUUCUGGAUCCCAGCUACCAUAUCCCUCCUUUUCGAGAGAGGCUCUACAGCCGGUUAACCCAGAUCAAAGAGCUCUUCCAGAAGGAGCAGCCCGCUGGAGAAAGAACACCUCUGCUUCUUUAGGUGCCACAGGGUGUGGUGAGCGUGAUGUGGAAGAACACCCCAAGUGCUGCCUCCGUGGGUGUCAUGCCCAGCUGCUUCAGUAACCCCCAUUGCCAGUCUAAGAAGAAAUCAGACUUGCGAUCUGUGCUGUGCACACUAGUACUGGGUCUUGAUGGACUUGUGGUAAGGGUCCACCAGGGUCAUCAGGAGAAUUCUAGGUGAGACUGAGGAAAAUGGCCCAGAAGUUAAUGGUAGAGAGGCUUUCUCUUUUUUGCAAACAUCUGAGAAAGUUCCUUUUGGUUUACAAGUACAUAACCAACUUAUUCCAUUAAAUAGAUACACUAAAAAAAAAUAAUAAAUGAUUUUCCUGUAAGGCCCUGGUGUUCUUUUUAUAACUCUGUAAACAAGAGUUUUUUUACCUAAGUUUGUCUAAACCUGGGGUACUGGGAGGCAGGGGGUGGUUUUAAGUGUUACUGUAGCUUUAGUUACCACUGUGUGUGGGUGUAGAAGUUUGAUAACCAGGCCAUUGAACUUAAGAGCACAAAAGGAGAACUAACAUUGUCUUACUAAAAAGCAAUCUGAGGACUUACAUCUUUUUUAGUAUCAUUAUCAAAAAGAUAGUCUUUUAUCCUUUGGUGGUUAAAAUUUGCCACAUCAAUAAUUUUUAAGUGUGUAGUUCAGUAGGUACCCCGUUUUUUGGUUCUUUAAAAUGGUAAUCUAAAUAGCUAAUUUAUUCUAGUUAUUUGAAAAUAGGCCUCUUUUUACUGAUAAUAGAAUUUGUCAUGAUUUAUUUAUGUUCCACACAAUGACCUCUGUUCUUUGUCUAUCAAGGCUUUUCAAGACAGUGUAGCCAGCUGGAUGCUAAGCUAGAGUAGAUCAAAUACGGAUUAUUCUGGUUUUGGAAAACAAAUUGGUUCCUACUUUGUAUUUGCAUUAACAAGGAAGCCUUUUAAAAAAUUUGCAUUUCCUAGUUCUUUCUGCUAAAUUUGUUAUUAGCAUUGAUAUACAGGUUUUUAAAAAUGUCUUUGUAAAGCCUUUGUACCACCUGUUUUAAAAUAGUAAGAAGGGGGUCACAAAGGAUUCAGGUGCUCACGGAGCUCCUUUAAUAGGAGUUUGGAUUGUAGGAGGUGUACACUCAGUUUUGACCUUCUUCCCUGGGCACCCUACUAUGCCCUGUUCUCCCUUUGGAGCCCUCUGAACGGUCAGCUACUGCAGAGUCUCCCCUUGGACUUUCCAGCUGGUGAGGGACAUGUCUAAGUGAUGAUACUGAGGUUGGUUCUGCUCGUUAUACCCCCACUCAUGAAUUAACCACUAUUUUAAUGAUGCUGCUUUUAAGAAUUUUUGCAAAGUACGGUCCAUUUUCGAAGUUUUAAGUAACCAGAACUCUUUUAACUUGCUUAUAAAAGUGUGGGUGGGGGGCCUCCCGUGGUGGCGCAGGCGGUUGAGCACCACGCUGUGAAACUGUCCAUAGCCUCUGCAGCGGCAGUUCGAUCCCGGCCGGCCAGCAAAGGUCCCACAUGGCGUGGCAGACCUCUCCUGUCUCGCCCGCUGCUCCCCUCAGCAGUAUUUAGUCAGUCUGCCUGUUCUGUUCCCUGCUGUCUCUGGUGAAUCAUCUCACCCUCCUGUGCAUCUGGCCUGUACCCCAGUUCUUGUAUAAAAUUAAAAAAUCUUUAAAAAAAAAAAAAAAAAAAAGCAUGGGUAGGGACUCCCUGGUGGCGCAGGGGUUAAAGUCUCAGCACUAUCAAGCUAUCAGCAGCCACUGCAGCAUGAGUUCGAUGCCCGGCCAGGGAGCUGACCCACGUGGUGCAGCAGACCUCUCCUGUCUCUCCUGCUGCUCCCCUUGGCAGUGUAUUUUGGUAGAUCAGCCUGUUCUGUUCCCACUCUGUCUCUGGUGAAUCUUCUCACCCCCUGCACUUCUUGCCUACACCCAAGCUCUUGUAUGCAUAAAUAAAUAUUUAAAAAAAUGGGCAGACUGAAACAAAAACUAUCAGAGGAAAUAACAAUCAUUUUUAUUUUUAAAAAUUACAUAUAAGUGUUCAUUUACUAUUUAUUUUGUAAUUCUGUUUAUAUAACUUCAGUAACACUUAACCUUGAAGAAAAAAGUAUUGGCUUUUUAAGAAAACAAUUCACUAAUAGGGAUUCUGACUUCUGCCAUAGUUUGGUAUAUUCUAACAGAUGAAAUGUUUGUGGGUUAUUUUUUAAACUAUUAAAAAUGCACUGCCAGUCAAGUUUGUCAGGGGAAAUAUGGGUUGUUUUUUGGGAGGGGGGAUAUGAUUUGUAAGUAGUAAAAAGAUAGUUGUAAAAAUUAAUA